CACACACACACACUCAUCAUUUCUCCACUAUAACGAGGAAGACAGACUCCAUCGGUGAUGGCCAGUGCAGAUAUAUCGAUGGAUAUUCAGAGGCAUUCAGACGCAGCGGGUGAUCAAAAUCCACUUAUUAAAUACUAUCGUGCCAGUGAAGUUCUGCCUGCUCCAGUGCCAGCGCUCAACACACUGCUCAGAAAAGGCCCUGCAACCUGCGCUGCCAUUCAGGCGUCCAGUGGGAUUCUGAGUUUGGGAAUAGGAGUCGUGUUUGCAGCUUCAUGGGGCAUCGGGUUCAAUUUACUGACUUUAUUCAGAAUUCCCAUCGUCACUGGAGUAAUGUUUGUGGUGGCUGGAAUCCUGUCUAAUCUUCUGUACAAACACCCAGAGCUUCUGCACACUUGCUUCAUUGCAAACAUCUUAUGUCUGUGUGUUUCUGGGAUCGGUGCAAUUCUUCUGAUUGUUGAUCUUCAACCAGGAGGAAAUGACAUCCAGCAGAAGAUGGAGGUUUUGGUUCUGUGUGUGACUCUGAUGGACAUAAUCAUCGCCGCUGUGCUCAUUUUCUGGUUCCACCGAGAGAAACGUGAUCAUAAAAAGUGACCCUGAGUGUUUUGCUCUUAUACGCUUCAACAAAAAUAACAUAAGUCAAGAAUUAAAGAACUCCAGAAAGCAGAAGCUACUUCAGAUGCAAUUCACACAACCAAAGUUUCUCAGACUCUUAGCAGCCAGACGUGAGAUGUGGAGAAUUUAGCUCGGAAAUGUACCUAAAUACAUGUGAAAAUGCAUGUUAUGUAAUAUGUUUUAGCAUGACUGAAGAUUGAGUGCUGCUUUGACCCUUGCGACUGCUUUAUUUGUUUGCAUUUCAGCAUUUAAUUACCUGUAAAAUAGUUUUUUGGACACACAUUAUGUAAAUAUACAAUCCACAUUAUUAAUGAACCAUUAAUUAUGCCUUUUAGAUAAAGGUAGAUGCUUAUUAAUAGUUUUUAAAGUAGUAGUUUGGGUGUU